ACAGAACAUGUACCAGCUCCAUGCAUAGGUGUCCCCCGCAGUGGCUGAUGCCCGUCACCUGCUAGGCACCGUUAUAUGUACUUAUAUUCACAGCAAGCAGCUAUAGGGCUCUAUUUUGCAGUAAUAUACGCAGUUUAGGGUAUAGUGCACAGUCUCGGGGUGAGAUAACAUGGCUCUGCUUUGUGUUUCCUACCAAUCGUCCAUUAAGAAGAUGGUUCUGGUGGCAUCAUCACAACUACAGAGAGUGCGAAGGAUCAAUGACAGCCCAUUCCAGCUGCCGUCACAUACUAGUGGGCACAGAACAUCGCUGCUCAAUGGAUGCGAAUCUAGACUUCAAUCACGCCCAAGCUGGGUGCGGGCUCACAGCACAAAGAGCAGCUCUCUGUCCAUCACUGAUGUGGCCGAGAAAAUAAAGGAGGGCUUUUACCGCCGUAUAUUAGUCAUGGCUGGCGCUGGUAUCAGUACGGACAGUGGGAUUCCAGAUUUCAGGUCUCCUACUAGUGGACUGUACAGUAAAUUGCAGGAUUAUUCCCUCCCAUACCCUGAAGCUAUAUUUGAUCUAAGCUACUUUUUACAUGAACCCAGUCCCUUUUUACGCCUUUCCCAAGAGCUGCUCCCAGGGCGUCAUCCUCCCAAUUCAGCGCAUUACUUUCUACGCCUUCUCCAUGACAAAGGAAUAUUGCUACGUCUCUACACGCAGAACAUUGAUGGACUGGAGAGAGCUGCCGGCAUUCCUGCUGAGAAGUUGGUAGAAGCCCAUGGCACAUUUGCAUCAUCCACGUGUACCAUGUGCCUUAAAGAGUAUCCUGGAGAAACCUUCUGUGACGCUGUAACAAAGUCUCAAGUUCCUCGCUGUUCAGCUUGUGGCGGUCUCAUCAAACCCGACAUCGUAUUUUUUGGAGAGCAGCUACCUGCCCGAUUCUUUCUCCACCUGACUGAUUUUCCCAGGGCGGAUCUCCUGUUUGUCAUGGGCACCUCACUUGAGGUGGAACCAUUUGCCAGUCUGGUGUACGCAGUUCGUAGCUCUACACCACGAGUCCUUAUCAAUCGUGACCCUGUUGGACCUUUUCUGGACAAAUCAGAUGGGCUCAAUGUGAUGGAGCUAGGAGAUGUCACCAGUGGGGUGAAGCGCCUUGUGCAUCUACUGGGUUGGGAACGUGAACUGGAAGAACUAGAAAAAAAUACCAAGAACUUUGAUAAUACAACUGAAGACCUUCAUCCCUGACCUCGGCAUGAAUCUGAGACCAGCCUGCUGAGGAUAAGAUACACCAUGACAUGUCCAGACGUAUUUGUAGGGUUCAAAUAUAUAGAGUCACAAAGAGAGGAAAGGAGUUUAAGCCACAGACAUUGUUGUCUUCCUGGUGCCUGAGGGGGCCCAAGGGCCACCAUUAUUAUAAAUAGGACUUGGUAGGUGGGUGCCCUAUUAAAGAUUUUUCAUUUUCACACAGGAGCUUUAAAGGUGUUUUCCAGUUUGCAUCAUUUCUG